AUGGGAAAGCCAAGUUCAUCUCACGAUCAGAUAAAAAUUCUCAACGAGGCAGCGUCGUACGGUGAUAUAGUCCAAGGAGAUUUUAUAGACAGUUUCCAAAAUCUGUCAAUGAAAGCUCUGACGUGUUUAAAAUGGAUCAAUGAUUACCGUAUACAUGCAAAAUACGUCAUCAAAGCCGAUGAUGAUAUCUUUGUCAAUGUGUUCAAAGUAGUUGAGGAUAUUCUUCCAAUGUUAUCAUCCAGAAACACAACAGUUGCUUGUCACUUCAAGACCAGUGGAACAAGCGUGAUUAUUAGAGACCCACAGAGUAUAUGGUUCGUUUCGAAGGACGUCUUUCCUGGUCAGAAACACUUUCCAGAUUUCUGCACCGGAUAUGCGACGAUUUUCACAAAUGACGUCAUACCGAAGAUGUACGAGGCAUCAUUCAUGGCUCCGUUUAUCUCCAUCGAUGAGGUCUACAUAUUCGGUCUCUUGCUACAGUUUUUCAAGACAUAA